AUGCAGCGUCCACAAACCUACGGGCAGUCACCCCCCUUGCACCACCCCGUACCCCAGCAUGUCUCUACGGUUCCCCAGUUGCGCUCGCCCCCUCCUCCCGUGUCGCAAUCGCAAUCGCAACAAGGCUACGGUGGCAGCCCUUACCAACAGCAAGGCGGUACGAGUGGGAACGUAUUCGGCGCAUACGGACAGUUUAUGAAUGAUCCCACGGCGCAAGUGGCAGCGCAGUUUGGCCAGACGGCUUUCAAGCAUGGCCAGGAGUACAUGGAGCAAAACUUCAACCGAUACGUUAACGUCAACGCCCUGAAGCAUUACUUCAACGUCUCCAACUCCUACGUCAUCAACAAGAUAGUCCUCGUCCUCUUCCCUUGGAGGCACAAGCCAUGGUCGCGCAAGCAGUCCGUUGGGCCUAGCGGACAGGAGGGAUGGUACCUUCCUCCGCGAGACGACAUCAACAGCCCCGAUAUGUACAUCCCCGUCAUGGCUGUCGUGACGUACAUCCUUCUCUCUACGCUCCUUGCUGGUCUCCGCGGCCAAUUCCAGCCAGAACUUCUCGGAUACACGGCGUCGACGGCCCUAGUAAUAGUCAUGGCGGAGAUUCUCGGUCUCAAGCUGGGGUGCUACUUGCUGGGCAUCUCGAACGAUUCGCAGCUUUACGAUCUGAUCGCAUACUCCGGCUACAAGUUUGUCGGCAUCAUCGUCACUGUCACUGUAGCUGAGAUCCUGAAUGGUGGCAAGGGUACCGGCGGGUGGAUUGGCUGGGGCGUGUUCCUCUACACUUUCUUGGCCAACUCGCUGUUCUUGAUGCGUUCGCUCAAGUAUGUUCUGCUCCCUGAAAACGCAGCCAACGGUGCCGGUCCUAUGCAGACUGGCGAUUCACGAGCCAAGCGAAACCAGAGGACCCAGUUCCUCUUCUUCUACUCCUACGUUGUCCAGCUACUUUUCAUGUGGAUCCUCUCUUUGCUGCCUGUGUGUCACUCACCCAAUAAGGUUGCGCUACUUGCAUACUUACAAGUCACCAUUAUGGCGCUCCCUCCCAUCGUCACUGCAACUUUGCAGUCUGCUGCCCUUAGUGGCACUUCGAACAUACUGGCCCAGGUCCUCACGGCUUAUCAGACCGAUAAACAACUCGUCAUCGACUGGGUCCCUGUCUUCCAGUUUAUCAUCUUCACCCUCCUUAGCACGCCGCCAAACUUCUUGUGGCAAGGUUUCCUCGAAGAGAGUUUCCCGGCCUAUCACGUCUCGCCCACCAAGAAGGCCAUCGCCUCGGCCGCGGCCAACGACGACAAAGCGCUCGACCGCGAGGCGCGCGAGGACCAGCUCGUGGAGCCCAAGCUCAACAUCCGCAACACGCUUAUCAAGCUGGCCCUCGACCAGACCGUCGGCGCCGCGCUCAACACGCUCGCUUUCAGCAUGUUUAUGCACAGCAUCCAGACGGCCAUGGUGCGUCCGGAGCACCUCGCGGCUGCGCAGCACUCGGGCACCUUCCUGUUUUCUCGUGGCGCCAUUGAUUAUAGCAAUGUCGACUGGCGGUCCGUCGUUGACAAGAGCCAGCUCGAGUUCGUGCCCAUCUUCAUUGCGGGUCUGAAGUUGUGGCCCAUGGUCAGUUUGGUGAACUUUGCCUUUAUCAAGAGCAUUGAGGGUAGGAACUUGGUUGGUUCUCUUGCGGGUGUCGCUUGGGGUAUCUACAUGAGUCUGGUUGCUGCGCGAUAA